UUCUCCAAUGCAGUAAUGAGAAAUGUCAAAGACACUAAUAAACCCCAUAGUGUCUCCAGCUAGCAAAUAAUUAUUAUUAGGAUCAGAUAGCCUUGAAAUCACAUUCAUUGUGCAAAGUAGUAAGUUUUACAUUGUUAAUAGAGAUACUGUACUUUACUCAUUUUUCAUUCCUCAUAUAGAUCCUAAUAGUAAAUCAAAGACUGUUAUUUAUGAAGAUAGCAAAAUGACUGGCAUAUUAAAACUCUAGAAAGAGAGAAACCUCUUUCAUUUAUUAACAUAACAAUAGUUCUUGUAUGUCUUAGAUGGUGCCACAUGUUUGUGUACAUAGCUCAAUACAAAUUAAAUAAAGCUGAUGUAUCAUGCAUCAGCUUAUCUAUUUAUAAGAUACCUACAUAAUUUACUCCCUCCUCGGGGUUAGCUAUAGCUUGUGCUUGUGUCAGUCAUUAUGAAGUUUCUUCUAUUCCUUUUCUCCAUUCAGGCCUUAUGCUUUAUUGCAAAUGCUACAUGUACAACUGGGGAAAUAAGAUUAGUUAAUGGUACUACUCCUGAUCAAGGACGUGUUGAGAUAUGUAUCAAUGGAGUGUGGGGCACAGUUUGUGAUGACUUUUGGGGUCAUGUUGAAGCAGAAAUUGUAUGCAGACAAUUGGGAUACAAUACUGUAGGUGCUACAUAUUUUGCUGGCCCUCUUCAUAGUUAUGGUGAGGGUACUGGUCCUAUACUUUUAGAUGAUGUGCAAUGCUCUGGUAAUGAAUGUAGCCUGCUGAAUUGCUCACAUACUGCUAUCAUUUAUGGCUGUUCUCAUUCAGAAGAUGUAGGUGUUUCAUGCCCUCCUUUAGAUACAUGCACUCCAUUUAAUUCCAUACCAUCUCCAACAGCAUCUACAAUAAUGUCUUCAAAAACUUGUACUAGAGAAUGUCCUACUCCUACUACUCCUCUUGCUUCAAUUGUAUUUACUGUCACAACUACACUUACCUUAUCAGUAACUGCCACUACUACUGAAGCAGGCACAAUAGCAAGUGCUGUUGAUAACUGUACAGCUUCAGUAACAUCAGCAAUCAUACUCCCAGUGCUACUACUGAUCAUAAUAGCAAUACUAGUACUAAUAUCACUGACUCUCAUUUAUUACUACAAAAUAAGAAAAUCUGACAAUAAUUCUGCUAGCAUUGCCAAUUCAGUAGAGCCAGUACCUUUGGAUGCUGUAGGAUCAAACCGCUACCACACAUCAAACAAUAGAGCCACAGACAUACCUCAGUAUGAAAUGACAACUGCUGCUUAUGAGUACGUGGAUAAUGAGCCAGCCUAUGAUAGACCAAGCAAUGAUAAUAAAAACAGAUCAGUUAGUGAUCCUUAUGAGACCAUACCAGGAGAAGAAGAUAAGUAACUUAUGAGUCACCAGAUGCUGGAGCAUUAAGAACAUAAGUACACAUAAAUACACAUUCACUCAUUUUCUUUUAUAUUAAAAUUAUGUUUUUAUGUUUACAUAUUCAUCAUGUGUUUAUGGAUUGAAGUUCAACUUAUCAAGAGUAGAUAAUGUAGAUUAUCUACUCUUGAACUUAUUUAUACCUUAAUUUUUAUAAUAUUGUGUUAUUUUGAUUUAAAUAAUCUUAAGUGAA